GUCACCCGGCGUCCCUUCUGAGCACUCAUACCAGUAGCGGCCUCGUCCACCGCGAAACUCGAGGCUGUUGUGAUCGACAGCGGCGUGCAGCCACCCCUCUCGGUCCCGCCGCUAACCCAGGCUGAGUGGGGGAUAUGCACACACCACAGGUACCAGGGGCUUGACCUGAUGAUGAGCACGCAGGGCAGGCCAAGUACUGUAUAUAACGAGGCGGAUUCUUGACAACUGGCGACAAGCGCAGGGCUCUCUGCACAGUCGUAUCACCAUCGAGAUGCGGCUUUCUGGAGCAUUUUCCGUAUUCUUGGCCUCGGCUGCAAUUGCUACGGGGUCUAUUCUACCGCGCUUCGCCAACGACUCAGGGUACCAGCUACAGACUGGCCCGCUCGACACGCCCUGGACCGCGGACGUAGGCACGGACCCGUGGCCUGAGCAUCCACGCCCAAAGGCCCAGCGCGCGCAAUGGAAGAAUCUGAACGGCGUGUGGCGCUGGCGAAGUGUGGCCGCUGGGCAGGUCAACUCGCCGCCUACGGGACAGACGCUCGAGCGGGCGGUCUUGGUUCCAUCGUGUCUUGAGAGCGCAUUGUCUGGUAUCAUGGAGAGAGGACAUCUCUACAGCUGGUACCAGACGUCUUUCGACGUGCCCUCCGAUUGGCCAUCAGGAAACCGUGUGUUGAUCAACUUCGGCGCUGUCGACUAUGAAGCUACAGUCUUCGUCAACGGCAGAGAGGUCGGCUUCCAUAGGGGUGGAUACUUUGAGUUCACUUUCGACGUGACGGAUUACCUAUCGAGCAACGGCACCAAUGAGCUACUCGUGCAUGCUUUCGACCCUACAGAUACCGACAGGUACCAAAUCCCCAUCGGGAAACAGACACUGACCCGCAACGGCAUGAUCUGGUACACACCCUGCACCGGUAUUUGGCAGACAGUGUGGCUGGAGUCGACGCCCGCCGAGUACAUCACAACGAUGGACCUGGCCGCCGGAGCAGACGGCAGUGUAAACGUCACGGUACACAGCAGCACAAACGGCACAGCAUCGUAUGAAAUCACAGUGCAUGAGCUCGGCUCAGAGGCAGCAAAGACUUCUGCGACAGGCACCAGCGGCAGCCCUUUCGUCUUCAAGGUUGACUCGCCCAGCCUCUGGACCCCUAGCACGCCCACCCUGUACAACAUCACAGUCCAGCUAGGCAGUGACUCAAUUUCCAGCUACACCGGCUUCCGCACUAUCUCGCGCGGCGUUGUCGACGGGAUCCAGCGCCCACUCCUCAAUGGCGAAUUCGAGUUCGUCUGGAGCCCGCUCGACCAGGGCUACUGGCCCGACGGCAUCUACACCCCCCCAACCGUUGAAGCCAUGCGCUACGACCUUGAGCAGCUCAAAUCCGCCGGCUUCAACGCAGUCCGCAAACACAUCAAAGUCGAGCCCGCCCUCUACUACCGCGCAGCGGACGAACUUGGUCUCCUCAUCAUCCAAGACAUGCCUUCCCUUCGUCCCGAUCUGCCCGACCCUAACAACGGCUGCGGCUCAAUCCGCCUCGAGUCCGCCGCAGCCCAAGAAGAAUUCAACCGCCAACUCGCCCUCCUUGUGACCCAACUCCGCAGCCACACCAGCAUCAUGGCCUGGACCAUCUACAACGAAGAAUGGGGCCAAGCCACCGACGCCUCUCAGCCGUGGCCCGAGUUCGGCCUCACAGCCCUCGUCCACUCCCUCGACCCCACCCGCCUCGUCAACGCGGUCUCGGGCUGGACCGACCACGGCGCCGGCGACUUCGACGACAACCACCACUACAGCACGCCGCAGUGCGGCACGCCGUUCUGGUCCGCGCAGGGCUCCGGCUACAACACCGCCUACGACCCGUCGCGCAUCGGCCUGCAGGGCGAGUUCGGCGGCGUCGGCACCCAGCUGGCGCCCGAGCACGCGUGGUUCGAUAAUUUGGAUCAGCAGACGGCGUACGAGCUUGCGAACACGACGGAGGCGUGGAAUCACCGCUGUUUGCAGAACGUGGAGCAGUUGAGGGAGCAGGUGGAGAGGUGGGCGUGCUCGGGGGGUGUGUGGACGCAGACGACGGACGUCGAGGGGGAGGUCAAUGGGUUGCUGUCGUAUGAUCGGAGGAUUAAUCGGAUGGAAGUCGGGGCGUGGGUUGAGGCAGCGAAGGGGCUGUUUGAGGCGGCGCGAGGGAGAACAAAUGGCUCGGCGUCUGCGGGUGUGGUGAUGGGUGCGGGACUGGGGGUGGUGGACGGGCAGCAACUGCUCCCGUAGGCCACGCACUGUAUAGCAGGUGUUGUGCUGUUGGAUGCCACUAGCCCUUUGCCCUACCUCCCAGUUUACAUAGUCGCGCUCAGGCACAUAGUGUAUCGAUCACCAAACGACCUAUAGUUCCGUUCUCUCAAGACCAGAGAUGCGCUUGUGUCUUCCUCUUACU